UGCAGACGGCUCCUCAUGAGCUUCGCGGAUGGCCUCAACCGCAUGGAAUGCUAAUGCCACUUCAGGUACCACCGUUUCAAGUGUCCAGUCGCACUCUAUCGUCAACACUUCUACUUCUACACCACAUCAGCAGGAGCAUCAGGUGGUAUCCGAAUACAGUCAGAAGCGCGUCCGUUUGGCUCAGGAUCAUCCAGCCCAAUCUUUAACCAAUGGAUUUGUUAAUGUCUCCAAUGAUAAGUCUACGAUGGGGUGGCCAUUUCGGCCGGAUAUUAUGCAAAAAUUCCGCUGCACCUUCGAUGACAGAUUUAAAGGUGCCCUUAAGGACACUUUGUCCCCUUACUUUACUCGUUUGAAAGACACGGAGGAGGCGGUGGCGACUCUUAAAACAGAGUGUAAAGAGUUGGAAGGGCGAAUUACUUUUAUUGAGAAUACUUCUAAGGACUUGAAAGCUUCCCUGUCGGAACGAGUCGUUCUUCCCGCUCCCACAACGGGAGUUGGUCAGCGGCGUACUUUGUCCUCCCAAGCACCACGUUUGCCACCCGUUACCCCUACCACGGUUGCAGCACAAGCUCAUGUACCCAGUACCACUGCACAAUCCGCUACACCUCUUCCCACCAAACCUGCUGCUCAGGCAUCUUCGGUCAGUCCUGCUAUCCGCCCUAUUUUCCACCCAACGACAUGUGCUUCCGCAUCCGUUAUCACGACUCCUCCGACGGUUAGUAAAUCCACUACGAAGCCGAUGCCUCCGCAACCCACUCAAAAUUCUGUCCCCCAUCAACCGCAGCCCAAAAUGAAGUCUUUAACUGUUCGUCCUGCGGACAUGAUUGAUUUAACUUCUGAACCUAGCCCCAACUCAAGUGCAGUGGAUGACGGCACUCCAACGCUAAAGAAUCCUCCUGGCACCCUGACCUACAACGUGCCAAAUCAGCGACAACAACCGCAACAGCCCGUUUCCUGUGUUGGAUCCACUUUGUCCAGGCCAGCCGUCAACACACUACCAACAACUGCUUCCACAAGUCCAUCCACCUUGAGCAACCAGAAAAUCGCUUGGUUUACGGCGCACACAGUCCCGGUGUCUUCAAGCAAGUCAGCGUGGAUUCCUGUGUUUCAACCAAAGCUGCUUACCUAUCAAGAGCUACAGCGGCUCCCUGUGGCGCCCCUUCCUCCCACUCCGUUGCAGCAGCCAUCGCCUCACCCUCCUGUUCAACCGAUGCCGCAACUGACUAUUGCAGAAGCCGCUGAGGGUAUGUUAUUGACUCGCAUGCGACAUAUCCUCCAUACACCGUCCACUGCGGUUGCUUUUAAUCUCUUACGCGAUUCAGCUAAUUUCCAGAGUCGAGCCGUUUAG